AAACACCCAAUUUUUUCGAAAUCUAUGGGUGAAAACGCCCAGAAUUUUCGAAUCUUCGAAAGAGGAUCGUAAUUUCUAGGCAUUUCAUGUGGAAUCGCCCAAAUAUUUCGAACCGCCGUCCAAGAAUCGAAAUUUCUGGGCGUUUCCUUCUCGGCUGUGCGAAAACAAUGGGCAUUUUUGCCCAGAAUGUAAUUUUUGUAUACAUCCAAAAUUUAUGUUAUUUUGUAGUUUUAUAGGCAAAAUUCUAUACGAAGUGUCUACAAAUUAUUGUUAUGAAAAGAUUAGCAAGACCAUUCUAUUUUACUAUAAUGGUGACUUGUUCUUAAGAUUAAGGAUAAAUAUCUUUGCCAAAAUUUGCAAAAAUCAGAAGGGAAACCAUGAAACUAGGAGAGAAAUCAGAGAAUAUAUAAACCUAGUCACUGAAGAGUAGUAUUUCCUUCACUCGAUGUAAUAAUAAGAUCAUGUUGUUGACUUGUAAACCAUCAUACUCAUAGAAGCUUAUCAAUUAUUCCUAAAAUUAUAUUUAUGAACUUGUGCGUGAUGCAAAAUCAGCAAAUUAUGAAUCAACCUCAUGUAUAGCUUUGAUUAUUCAUCGAUAGUUAAAAUAUUUGAGGUAAAUUUAAUUGGUUUAUAACAAGGGUAGGAACGUAUUUUUAAGUUAUAAAUGUGGGCGUUGGUUGGAGAUUUGAGGACGACGCGUUUUAAAAAAAAAUUCUUCAAAAAAAAAAAAAAAAUUAGUGUAAAAAAACCCGAUUUGUAUUGAAACAAAUAUCCAGUAACCCGUACCCGACUAAAAGAAAAGGUCUUGAGAAUGAACGAAGCCUCCCUAUAUAAUCUCCCAAAACAGAAGUUUCGAAAUUUCCUCCAUUAAAUUAAAGCUUCAAUUUUUCAAUCUUUAAUCUCUUUUUCUUGCUCCUCAAAUUAGUUACUGAACCUUUACUUUGAGAAAAUUUGAUUGGUAUUUUCGGGUUUCCCCAAAUUCUUGUAUUUAUUAGGGUUAGGGUUUGGGAGAAAUUAAACAAUGGCUGCCGUCGAACAAAUUACUGAGGGCGUAAACAAUUUGAGCGUUGUCGAUUCUGGAAAGAAGAAUCGAAUUCAAGUUUCCAACACCAAAAAACCCCUUUUCUUCUACGUUAAUCUCGCCAAGAGGUAUAUGCAGCAACACAAUGAGGUUGAGCUUUCUGCUUUGGGAAUGGUUGUAAGUGUUGCAGAAAUUCUCAAAAAUGGUGGGCUGGCUGUUGAGAAGAAGAUCAUGACAUCUACUGUUGAUAUAAAGGAUGAUUCGAGAGGUCGUCCAGUACAGAAGGCAAAGAUAGAGAUUUUACUGGAGAAGUCAGAGGACUUCGACGAAAUCAUGGCAGCUGCUGCUGAGGAAGCCGAGGUUGCUGCUGUUGAAGAGCAGAGUUGAAGCAGAGGUUUUUCUUGUUUCAUAGGGAUUUGUUUUGGUAGUAACCAAGAUUCUAAGUAGUCGUGUUCUUUCAUUAUAUAUGUCUAGGAAUUUAAUUUUCAAGUAAGCAUGUUGUCAAGUAUUUUUCCCCCAUUAGUGUAGGUUCUUAGAAAAGUUGUGAUCCUGAAAUUUGUUGGUCAUGUCAGAACACUCUAAAUUCAGUUGCUGGAUGUAAUUUUUUUCUUGGGUCAAUGAUAUUGUGGGAUAUAAUUCGUGUUUAUUUA